ACCGGCCUAUAUAUAUAGUUAUUUCAGUGCCACCAAUUUAAUAUGCGUUUGUUCAUGAUAUCACGUUCGUGUAGGCGAAAACUUGGACUUGUAAUAUGGAUAUUUUGACAUUUGGCUUCCUUUUUUUAUUUCAAGGACUUGGCUGGUGAUGGUUUUAUGACUAAUGGGAUAAGAAGUUAAGAACAAUUAGGCAUAAUUCCACUGCUAUAAAUAAAAGCCUACCCUUCGUGUUUCUCUGUUCAUUGCAGCUAUGAGACCCUGCGCAUUGGCAUCACUAGCCUUUAUCUGCUACCUCAGUUUCUUUGCCUUCAGAGACAAGGCUUUGUUGGUUGCAGCUGAUGCUGCUCCUGCUCCAGUGCUUGACAUCAAAGGUGAUAAUCUCCGAAGUGGAGUGGAGUAUUGGAUCCUGCCGGUCAUCCGUGGGAGAGGUGGGGGGCUAACUCUAGCCACCGCUGGCAAUAGAAAUAAAACUAACUGCCCACUUGAUGUUGUUCAAGAGCAACACGAGGUAUCCAAUGGUCUUCCACUCACAUUAUCGCCUGUGAACUUGAAGAAAGGCGUUGUUCACCUAUCCACUGAUCUUAACAUUAAGUUCUCUAUUUCUGCAGCUGUAAUAAUCUGUCUGGAGACUUCAAAGGUUAGGAAGUUAGACAAUUUUGAUGAAUCAGCAGGGCAAUGGUUUGUCACGAGUGGGGGCGUUGAAGGCAACCCGGGUCCUAAAACUAUAAGCAACUGGUUUAAGAUUGAGAAAUAUGAUGAUGACUACAAGCUCGUUUUCUGCCCCACAGUCUGUAAUUUCUGCAAGGUUCUAUGCAGAGAUGUUGGCAUUUAUCUUGAAGAUGGGAUUAGGCGUCUGGCUCUAAGUGAUGUACCAAUUAAAGUCAUGUUCAAGAGAGUAUAAGCUGACUCAGAUCAGAUGCUUGGAUCAUUAUACUGAUUCUGUUGAGAAUCUAAAUUUUAAUAUUGAAGAGUGCAAGCUAAGGGUCAAUCAUGUCUCCCAUCUUAAAUUGCCAAACCUUCAGGGUAAACAACUUCCUUCGAUUAAGAAACAGAUUUGCUGCAGGUUCCAUUACUCUACCUUAUUAGAACAGAAAUAGGGUUUUUUUUUUUUGUUCAUCAUCUUUCAGCUUUAAUUUUCAUGAGAAGUAAGUGUGACCAAGGGUAAUUCGUCGAAAAUGAAAGCAUCAAUAGUCAAAACAUAUAACCGGGAAAGAAGGGUGAACUUGACAAAAAUAUGUUACACACACAUAUAAAGGUCAUUCGGAUUAUAUAUGAAUACACAACAGUUGCUGAUUCUAGUGACA